AAUAGUCGUGGGAGACUUGGAAAUUUGGAAUCCUUAAGUCAUCCUUCUGGAAAAGGUCUUGAUAGGAAUUAAUACUCACUGUAUGAAUGGGAAAGAUAACCAUAGACGAGCCAGAGAGAUAUAUAGUAAUCCUGAGUAGUGUUCGAUACAAACCAGAAAUAAGAAGAAACCUCAUCUUGUGCUGACAACUUGAGUUUAUCUUGGGUGUAAGUACAUAGGAGAAGGUUAUGAGGUUCAAUUCUAUGAAGGCGACAAGAAGGUGUUAGCUGGGAAAUAUUAUCAAGGGCUCUAUUAGUCUACUAACCCAUUUGGCUUUAAUGAAAAAGGUGGUCGACAAAAAAAAGUUGAGUUGUACCAUCGCUUGACUAGCUCGUUGACGUUGUAAAAAAUUGAAUCAUUUUACAAAAUAUUGUUGUAUGCGUUUAGGUUGAUCAAAACACAUAAACAAACCCCACCUACUAAGAAAACAGAAUGGAAAAGAGAAGAAUUGGAUAAACGGUUUUAUGCCUCCUUUGGUACGUUCUUCUCUCUUCCUUUCCGCCUUCCUCCCAAGCUUGAUCAGUUAUCCUACUCAGCAACAAGAAGAGUCUUACAUUUUACAAGAUCCGUCUAUUUCGGAGUAGACUUUGGGUCAAAACACAUCCUCCUAUUUCACGUUAAUCUAUCACAGAAAAUUAAAAACACAAAUCGAGGAAAAGCAAUUAUGUCUUUCUGUGCUACUUCCAUCUUCCUCCUCCUUUUCUCCUUUCUCACUAGCUUUAGCUUCAGAGUAUCUGCUCAAGAUCCCACAUACAUAUACAACAGCUGUCCGAAUACGUCAACUUAUUCAAGGAACAGCACUUACUUCACCAAUCUCCAAACCCUUUUGUCCUCUCUCUCUUCUCCCGACGCCUCCUACUCCAGCGGAUUUCAGAACGACGCCGUCGGGGAACCUCCGGACGGGGUCAGCGGACUUUUCUCUUGCACUGGCGGCGUCUCGCCUGAACUUUGCCGUAGCUGUGUUGCCUUUUCCGUGAAGGACACCUUAGUUCGGUGUCCGAACCAGAAAGAGGUCAUGAUCCUUUACGAUCAGUGCAUGCUCAGGUACUCUUUCUUAAGAGUUUCUGUUAAAGAUCCCACUUACGUAUACCAUGUCUGUCCAAAUACCACAACUUAUACACGGAACAGCACUUACUUGGCCAACCUCCAAACCCUUUUGUCUUCUCUCUCUUCUCGCAACGCCUCUUACUCCGCCGGAUUCCAAAACGCCACCGCCGGGCAAGCGCCUGACAGAGUCACCGGUCUUUUCCUCUGCCGCGGAGAUAUCACGCCGGAAGUUUGCCGCAGAUGUGUUGUCUUUGCUGUCAACGAAACCGUUACUCGGUGUCCGAACGAGAGAGAGGUGACGCUCUAUUACGACGAGUGUAUGCUCAGAUACUCUAACGGCAACAUCCUCUCGACCCUUAACACCAACGGAGGCAUCAUCUUGUUCAACACUCAGAACAUUACGUCGAACCAAAUUGGGUUCAGAGACUUGGUCUUGUCCACCAUGAACCAGACAGCCACGGAGGCAUCCACCAGUCCUCGGAGAUUCGCUACCGGAAAGGCCAACUUCACAGCGUUCCAGACUUUGUACGGGCUGGUUCAGUGCACUCCUGAUCUGAUAAGUCAAGACUGUUUGCGUUGUCUGAAUCAGAUCGUCAAUCAGUUGCCUAUGGACAAGAUUGGAGGAAGACUUAUUGUGCCGAGCUGUAGUUCAAGAUUCCAGCUUUCCCCCUUUUAUAGCGAAUCCAACAUUGAAACACCUCAAGCUCAGCUCGAUUCAGCUCCUCCUCCACCACAGCCAAUUUCAAUUCCUUCACCACAGCCGGGAGAAGGCGGAAACUCUUCUGUCAUAGUCAUCGCUGUUGUUGUUCCAAUCACUGUUAUUUUUCUCCUUGUUGUAGCUGUUUUCAGUUUCCGGUCAAAGAGAAAAACGACAGCUUAUGAAACUGAACCACUGGCUGAUGGGGACGAUAUUACAACUGCAGGCUCACUUCAGUUUGAUUUUAAGGCAAUCGAGGCAGCAACGGAUAAGUUUUCCGAAAGCAACAAACUCGGUCAAGGUGGUUUUGGCCAAGUCUACAAGGGAACAUUUCCUAGUGGAGUACAAGUUGCGGUGAAGAGGCUAUCAAAGACAUCAGGACAAGGUGAAAGAGAGUUCGAAAACGAAGUUGUUGUUGUGGCAAAGCUUCAGCAUAGAAAUUUGGUAAGGCUGCUUGGUUUUUGUUUGGAAGGAGAAGAAAAGAUACUUGUCUAUGAGUUUGUGCCCAACAAAAGCCUUGAUUACUUCCUUUUCGACUCUACGAUGCAAAGCCAGCUAGACUGGAAAAAAAGAUGCAAGAUCAUUGCAGGAAUCGCUAGAGGGAUUCUAUAUCUUCAUCAAGAUUCACGACUCACAAUCAUACAUCGUGAUCUUAAAGCCGGUAACAUCCUCCUGGAUGCGGAUAUGAAUCCAAAAGUUGCCGAUUUUGGAAUGGCGAGAAUUUUUGGAAUUGAUCAAACAGAAGCCAAUACGAGAAGAGUAGUCGGAACCUAUGGUUACAUGUCUCCAGAGUAUGCAAUGUACGGCCAGUUCUCCAUGAAAUCAGAUGUGUAUAGUUUUGGUGUCUUAGUUCUUGAGAUUAUAAGCGGCAAGAAGAACAGUAGCCUCUAUCAAAUGGAUGAUAGUGCUGGCAAUUUGGUUACAUACACUUGGAGAUUAUGGAGCAAUGGAUCGCCGUUAGAGCUGGUGGAUCCGUCCUUUCAAGAUAACUAUCAAACAAACGAAAUUACUAGGUGCAUCCAUAUAGCUUUGCUGUGUGUUCAAGAAGAAGCUGAAGAUCGUCCAACUAUGUCAGCCAUACUCCAGAUGCUCACUACUAGUUCAAUUGCUCUUGCCGUACCUAGACCACCUGGAUUUUUCUUCCGAAGCAGGCAUGAACAAGUAGGGAGAGCAGAUCCAUCUAUGCAUAUGUCUGCUCUCUGUUCAGUCGAUGAUGCUUCCAUUACUAGUGUAGCUCCUCGUUGAACACAAAAAGAACGCAUCAAUGUUAAAGUUAUGAUAUAUGAUUCAAGACUAGAGGACUAUUAGAGUAUUACACUCGACAAUGAACAAAGAGUCGUCUAAGCUAAGCUGUUUCCAUUUCUCAUCUUUAAUUUUUUUAUGUGCCCGGCAAGAAAGACAAUAAUACUCUGUUUUAAAGUUUGGUUUCCUUCAACAAGGAUUCAUUUCAGCGAUCUUUAACAUA